AUGACGGAUGAAAUAGGACCCAACAAGGCGCUGCCCACAUCAAGGCCUGUAACCCCGACGGUUGUGCUGGCUCAGGCGCGCUAUCCAGUAACGUUCUGCAGCACCAACCAUCUCGACGAGGAACACUACAUCGACACGUAUGAGCGUGUGUUUGAACACAUUAUGGAAGUUGACAUCGAAGCCAACAGCGAUGACAAGUACCUGGUCGGUCACCAGCAAGAUGGACGCAUGCUUUAUCCUGGUAUGGGCUACUUGGUUAUGGUAUGGAAGUUCCUGGCAAGCCGCUAUGGAAAGCCUAUGAACGAGAUGCCUGUAAUUAUCGAGGACGUCAGACUGGAACGUUUCACGAUCCUGCCUUCAACAGGAUGUGUGCGCUUCCAGAUCAGCAUGAUGCCCAUCUCUGGCGAGUUUGAGGUGUGCGAGGGCCGAGCAAUGGUUUGCAAAGGCCGGAUCCGCAUGGUCGAAGAAGGUCAGACGGUGCUCUUCAAGGACCCUCCUGGAACGCCUGCAGAUACUGUUACGUACGAUAUGGACUGUACGGACGUUUACAAGGAAUUGAGACUCCGCGGAUACCAGUACAGCGGAGCUUUCCAGGGUGUCCUCAAGGCCGACUCAAAGAAACCAUAUGCAAAACUGAAAUGGGAGGACAACUGGGUGACCUUUCUCGACGCGCUGGUGCAUGUGAGCUUCAUCUGGAAGACGAAAAGAGUCUUUUGCUUGCCUAUCAGGAUAGAGUCGGUUCGCAUCGACCCCAAGAUUCAUGCAAGGAUCACCGAAGUGGCCGGGGACGCGGGAGUGGACCUCGUCUAUAGCUCCUACCACAACGUUCGCCGUUCUGGUGGCGCCGAAGUGGAAGGCGUGAAAUUUAACAGCGUGCAGCGCCGCCCAACGCUCCAGAUGCCAAUCGUAGAAGGGUACCACUUUGUUCCUUACCUGGAUAAUGAGACUGCCAGUCGCGAUCGCGAGAACUCUUUGCGAGAGUAUGCUGACGUGUGUUCCUGCAUCAGCGAACGCGUCCUAGAGAAGAUCGAAGAGCAGCAAAGACAAUCCAACAAAACUUUGCACAAAUGCAUAAGUGUGCCAGAGGAAGUGAUAAACUGGUACGUCGAGAACAUUGCGUCGAAUCAAAGCUUACUGCAGCUUCUUGUUAACGCCCACAAAGAAGGUGACGCCGCUGAAUCACUGCCUUCCAAGUUGAAAUCGGCACUACUUUCCUCCAUGAAUGCUCUCGAGCAAGAUAUGCUGAACACCAGCCUACUAGAAGAGGACCCCCUAAGAUAUGUCCUUGACGUGGUGCUCGAAAAUACAAGUUCCAAGAAAUUUUGUAUGCUGGAGUUCGCGGACAAAGGUAGGAGUGUCGCAGCCAUGGGUCCACGGUUGUCAGCUCUGCUGUCCACGUACGAUGUGCACCUCAAGACUGAAUAUACUGUUGCACGCCUCAUCCCAAACAACCUCGAGAAGGAACAAAUUGCCGAAGACAGGGCAGUAGCUGCAUGGGACCAUCCCUUGGUCUCCGGCUCAGAAAAACUGCCCAAGGCUGACUUGGUGAUUGCUUUCUGCGGCACCAUGAGUGCGCUUGUUGACGUCGAGUCUCUGGCUGAAAAAGCGCACUCGCAGUGCGAGGAACACGGAUUCUUUAUUCUCUGCCAUCGCACAGAAUUGACCGCGGCAGAGGCACUCCUCUCGCAAGUGAGCGGUGUUCUUUUCCGAGUUUACUCUGAAAAGGAAACGACUCAAGCUCUCACAGCUUGUGGUUUUUGGUUGGUGGCACGAAAGUCGAAUAACCUAUCGACGCUGCUGCUGUUCAGGAAAGUUACUCUGAACGUCGACACUACCAAGCAGGUGGUUGUCAAGGUGCAGAAUACCAGCUUCAGAUGGGUGCAGUCGCUGAGAGAAAAAGUGGUUGAACACGACAGCAAGCCAAGUGGAGAAAACAUCUGGCUGCUCGCAGAAGACGCCGGCAACAGUGGAAUCAUGGGCUUAACCAACUGCCUAAGAAAGGAGACCAGUGGACGUCACAUUCGGUGUAUAUUUGACGCCACCCUGAAAGGUGUCAACAGCGUAGCCGACUUCAGCCCUACCAACCCUGCAUAUAAAGACAUAAUAGAGAAGGAUCUUGUGAUGAACAUCUACCGCGAUGGACAGUGGGGAUCCUACAGGCACCAGGCCGUCCAGUGGUGCGGAGAAGCGAAGACCACCACUCAGUUCGCUUACCUCAACGUCAAGACGCGUGGAGACCUGUCGAGCCUCCAAUGGUACGAGUCCUCGCUGGGGUAUCUGUCCCCUUGUGAGAAAAUUGGCUCCGAGGGACUAUUUGUCGACGUAUACUACGCAUCUGUCAAUUUCCGCGACGUCAUGCUUGCCAGCGGAAAAGUAAACAUGGACACGGCACGUGGUGACAACGUCACCGAGGAGGCCUUCAUCGGCAUGGAGUAUUCAGGCAGGGACUGGAACGGACGCCGUGUCAUGGGAUUGGUCGAGGGCAAGUCCAUAGCAACUGCGCUCGCUGCCGACCCAACGAUGAUGUGGGAAAUUCCGGAAAGCUGGACCAUGGAAGAGGCUGCUACGGUCCCCAUGGCGUACUCGACUGCCUACUACGCGCUCGUAGUGCGCGCCGACAUGCAUCCUGGGGAGUCGCUGCUAAUCCACAGUGGCAGCGGAGGCGUCGGACAAGCUGCAAUCGGAAUUGCCCUUUCUAUGGGCUGCACAGUCUUUACCACUGUAGGAUCUCAGGAAAAGAGGGAAUUUCUCAAGCGGCGCUUUCCAGUGUUACAAGACCGAAACUUUGCAAACUCACGAGACCUAUCCUUCGCAGAACACAUCAUGUGCGAGACUAAAGGCCGAGGUGUGGAUCUGGUGCUGAACUCUUUGGCCGAGGAGAAGCUGCAGGCCAGCGUGCGCUGCCUCGCAAAGCACGGCCACUUCGUGGAGAUCGGCAAGUUCGACCUGUUCGAGAACAACAAUCUGGGCAUGGCCGUGUUUCUCCAGGACGUCAGCUUCCACGGGGUCAUGUUGGACAGCUUAGUGCACAAUAGCGCGGCUGCUCUGGCUCACAAGCGUCGUGUCACAGACCUUGUCAGUCAAGGAAUCAAAUCUGGCGUUGUGCAGCCGCUCGAUGUCAUCAAGUUCACCCGAGAGCAGACCGAGCAGGCGUUCCGCUUUAUUGCCUCGGGGAAACACAUAGGCAAGGUCGUGAUCCAGAUGCGGACGGAAGAGACCGAGUGCACGACUCGCGCGCCUCCGCUGACAGUGGAAGCAGUGGCGCGUCCCUGGUUCUACCGGCACAAGUCUUACGUCAUUGUCGGUGGCCUGGGUGGCUUCGGCCUCGAGCUCGCCGAGUGGAUGGUGUCGCGUGGCUGCCGCAAGCUGCUGCUCGUCUCCAGGAGCGGUGUGCGUACGGGGUACCAGAGGCUCUGUCUUCAGCGGUGGGGCGACCUGGGGGCCUCAGUGCUUGUAACCAACGACGACGUUUCGACGCGGGAAGGCGUUCGCAAGAUUAUCGAGACUGGGACAGCUAUGGGACCCGUGGGCGGCAUUUUUAACUUGGCCAUGGUUCUUCGCGACGCCUUGAUCGAGAAUCAAUCGGCCGAGCUGUACGCCGACGUGUGCAAGCCAAAAGUCCUCGGUACUCAGUGCCUCGACGACGUGUCGCGAAGGGAUUGUCCCGAGCUGGACCACUUUGUCGUUUUCUCCUCCGUGUCUUGUGGUCGUGGCAACGUUGGCCAGACAAACUACGGCUUCGCAAACUCCGUCAUGGAGCAUAUAUGCGAGCGCCGUGUCGCGGACGGACUCCCCGGUUUGGCCAUCCAGUGGGGUCCUAUCGGAGACGUUGGUGUAGUCCACGAUGUCUUCGGCGCUGACGUGACAGUUACUGGACUUCCGCCACAGUCGAUAAAUUCUUGUUUGGAGAUGUUGAACUACUUCCUGGGCCAACGCCACCCAGUCGUCUCGUGCUUUGUCAAGCCGAACAUGUCCACAACAACGGCAAGCGUCGAAAAGCAAGAUCUUCUUCAGAGCGUGUCUCACAUAAUUGGAAUCAAAGACCCAUCGAACAUGAGUCCGACCGUCAGCCUCGGUGAGCUGGGCAUCGACUCUCUGAUGACCAUCGAAGUGAAGCAACUGCUGGAGCGAGACUACGACGUUGUCCUGACUGUGCAAGAAAUUCGGCAGCUUAGCUUCAGUCAGCUAAAAGAGAUCAGCGAAGCAUGCAGCGACAAUUCACCAGCGCCUGAUGCCUCAGCUCCUGCCGAAGGACAAGGCCUGGAACGGAAGGACUGAACUCAAGGCGGCGGAUGCAUUUCACGAAGACCUCAUCGUAUUCAUGUUUACGCACCAAACUGAAGCUGUCCUGACUUGCCUAGUGCAUCAAAAGAGGGUAGCCAUGGAGCGAUA